CACACCGACAAGAUGCUGAUCAAGUAAGCACAAACGCAUGUCCCCAAUGCAGCGCCUCUUUCACCCCGUCAAGCCCACCGUCAUGAGCUUUGCUGGCCUCGGUUUCAAACCAGACGGCGCCCUUGCCGACAUCUUGCACCCCGCAGAAUGCUGACGUCCACCUCUUUCACUUCCAGAGUCCGCACCCUCACGGGCAAGGAGAUCGAGCUCGACAUCGAGGCCGACUACAAGGUCUCGCAGAUCAAGGAAAAGGUCGAGGAGAAGGAAGGCAUCCCGCCCGUACAGCAGCGCCUGAUCUACGGCGGCAAGCAGAUGGUCGACGACAAAACCGCAGCCGACUACGCCCUCGAGGGCGGCGCGACGCUACACUUGGUCCUCGCCCUGCGUGGCGGCUCGUCACUUUCGCAAUAGAUACCCCCCAACUUCCCACACACACUCUCUCUGUGUCUCUCCACAGCCCUUUUUGUCCAGCUCGACCACCACGAUCGAUAUGAGGGGAAACCGGACUCCAGCCAUGCGUAUGAGUGAGAAAGUUCCUGAGAUGGCACGGGUGUGAUACUUUAGUCUGGUUUUAAUGGGGGGGGG